AUGCCAAUCGAUACAUCGACUCUUGUAGCUAUUGGUAGUGUAACUGUUGUUUCAAUAUUUAUUUUUAUUUUAUUUAAAAAUAAAAAUCAAUCGAAUAAUAAUGAACGAUUGGAAAGAAAAAAUGUUAUUAAAACAUUAAAAAAUCCAGAUAUUAAGUAUACAAUUCAAUUGUCUUAUAAAGAAAAUGUAUCUCAUGAUACAUGUCAUUUUCGUUUUGAACUCCCAUCAUCAAAACAUGUACUUGGUUUACCUAUUGGUCAACAUAUUUAUUUAACAACAUAUGUUAACGGUGAACUUGUUAAACGUCCAUAUACGCCAAUAACCUCAGAUGAUAAUCAAGGUUAUUUUGAUCUUGUUAUUAAAAUUUAUCCAAAUGGUAAAAUGACUCAAUAUCUGGAUAAACUUGAUAUUGGUCAUAGUAUUGAAAUAAGUGGUCCAUCUGGAAAUCUUAUUUAUAAAAAUAAUGGUGUAUUUGAUAUACGUUCACGUAUAUUUGAACCAUUUGUAACACGAAAUGUUCGUCAUCUUGGUUUAAUUGCUGGUGGUACAGGUAUAACACCGAUAUAUCAACUAUUAAAUGAAAUAUUAAAAGAACAAGCAUCAAUUGUCAUUGGUCAAUAUGUUCCGAUUAAAAUUUGGCUUUUAUUUGCAAAUAAAACUGAACAAGAUAUAUUAUUACGUGAUGAACUAGAACAAUCAGCUGCAUCGAAUGCUGAUCGAUUUAAAUUGUGGUAUACUAUUGAUCGCCGAAGUGAACAAUGGAAAUAUUCACAAGGUUAUAUUAAUGAAAUAAUGUUAAAAGAACAUAUGCCACCACCUUCUGAUGAUGUUUUAAUAUGUAUUUGUGGUCCACCAACAAUGAUUAAGUCUUCAUGCAUACCGAAUUUAGACAAAUUAGGUUAUCAACAAUCUAUGAGAUACUGUUUUUAA